AUGACUGAUCCAACGUUAAUUAAGAAGAAAUUAUUAUUAAUUGCUCAAUCGGGAACAUUUGCUAAUUUCAAUCCUCAACAAUUGAAAUCUCUUUAUGAAGAAUUAAAUGAAUUCUUAAUAUUUCAUAAAGAUUCUUUAGAUUCAAUUGAAUUAUUUAAUUUAUAUGAAUUAGAAUUUUAUCUUUGUAUAUUAACUAAUCAUGAUAUAGAAGCCAAAGCAGUAAUAGAUCGAUUAUUAGAUCAAUUUGGUAAAACUGCUUCUUCAAAAUCUCAAAGAAUUAAAGUAUUACAAUCAAUUUAUUAUGAAGCUUUAGGUGAUAUUCAAUCUGCUAGCAAAUUAUUAACUCAACAACCUGAUGAAUUAAACCUUUCUAGAAGAUUGACAACUUUUAGUAGAAAUAAUGCCAAUGAAUUGGAUAAUGAUAAUUAUAUUCGUAAUUUAAUUUAUUAUUUAGAUCUACAACCAAGUGAUUUGAUGACUUGGGCUGAAUUAGCUAAUGAAUAUCAAAAAGUUGGUCAUUAUGAUAAAUCAAUACAUUGUCUUAAAGAAAUAUUAUUACAUGAACCAAAUGCAUAUCCAAUAUUUUAUAAAGUUGGUUUAGUUAGUUAUUAUAAAGCAUUACAAGAGAUUCAUCANCAUUAUGAUAAAUCAAUACAUUGUCUUAAAGAAAUAUUAUUACAUGAACCUAAUGCAUAUCCAAUAUUUUAUAAAGUUGGUUUAGUUAGUUAUUAUAAAGCAUUACAAGAGAUUCAUCAAUUAAAAAGUGAGAAAAAGGAUAAAUUAUACGCUGUAUUAGAAACCAUAAUUAAUUCUCGUGAUAAUUAUCUUGCUAGUAUUGAAAUUAAUGAUAAAUAUGUAAAAAGUUGGGUUGGUUUGUUUAUGAUAACAAAAUUACCAUUUAAUGAGAAAUUAUCCAAAUUGAAUGAUAAAGAAGUCAAAGAUUACUUGAGCAAUAAUGAAAAGUUAAACAAAUUAGCUACUGCCAAAUUAAAGGAAUUCAAUGUCGAUUUAUCAAAUGUAGAAAUAGAUAAAUAG